UUGUAGUUGUAGUUGUAGUUCUCCUUUCUUCAACAUUGAAAUUAAAAAGGAAUAUUGACCUUUCGAAAUAAAUGGCAUCAACCAAUCCUCAAGAAUCCGUUCGAGACCACUCGCCACUUCCAAAGGUACUAGUUCCCAAUAAACCACGGUCUUUCUACACCAUUGGAGAAGAGCCCUUUACCUCCACCAAAUUCCAGUACUUGAAAGCGUACGAGUCUCCGCUCCCUCUUGAUCAGUUCUUGGCCACUCAUGCGCACUCCGUAAAGGCCAUCCUUUCUUCCGCAAGUGCUCCUGUCACCGCUGACCUCCUGCAGUUGCUGCCGACGGUGCGCCUUGUUGUCACCACCAGCGCCGGCCUCAACCAGAUUGACCUCCCUGAAUGCCGGCGCCGUGGAAUAGCGGUCGCUAACGUAGCCAAUGUCUAUUCUGCUGACGUCGCAGAUCUUGCUGUUGGUUUAUUGAUCGAUGUUUUGAGGAAGAUUUCGGCAAGCAAUCGCUACGUCAAGCAAGGGAAUUGGCCCACCAGAGGGGACUAUCCUCUUGGUUCUAAGUUGGGAGGAAAGCGGGUUGGAAUUGUUGGACUGGGAAAUAUCGGGUAUGAAGUUACUAAAAGGCUUGAAGCCUUUGGUUGCUGUAUCUCUUAUAACUCCAGGAAGAAAAAGCCAUAUGUCUCGUACCCUUUCUAUGAAAAUGUCUGUGAACUUGCAGCCAAUUGCGAUGCCCUCAUCAUCUGUUGCGGGUUGACAGACCAAACUCACCACCUGAUCAAUAAGGAAGUCUUAUCAGCACUGGGGAAGAAAGGAGUCAUUGUUAAUAUCGGACGUGGGCCUAUUAUUGAUGAAAAGGAAAUGGUAAGGUGUUUGAUGGAAGGAGAGAUUGCAGGUGCUGGCUUGGAUGUGUUUGAGAAUGAGCCUGAUGUUGCUAAAGAUUUUUUUGCAUUGGAUAACGUUGUGCUGUCGCCACAUUGUGCUGUCUUUACGCCAGAAUCAAUGAAGGAUUUAAGUGAACUUGUGGUGGGGAAUCUGGUGGCUUUCUUCUCAAACAAACCAUUACUUUCUGAAUAUGUGGAUGAAUGAUGGGUGACACCAUUUAUUUACAGUUGCUAUGCACUUUUAUGCAGGCAGGAUAUAGGAGUGAUGUGAUCACAAAGUCAAUGAGGAGACAAAGAUCAAGAACUGUUGCAUUAUUAUCAUAGAUUGCUAGUUUAAAUGUGAAAGGAACAUGAAUUUAAAGGUGCAGACUCUACAGAAGUACCUGCUUAUCAGAAUCAAUUACUGUUCCCAAUUACAAUUUGAUAUCAGUAGUUGAUUGGAAAUGCAUGCUUUUACAGAGAUACUUCAUGUGCUGGUAGCACAUGGUUAAAUUGGUUAUAGAACUGUUGAGAAGUAUACAGGUGUGGGUUAAGCUUAA